CGGCCGUUCGGAGGCGGAAGCCCGACGAGCUCAGGAAGUGAUCGGAGGCCCAGAUACAGGAGAGCAAGAGGCGGAAAGAGCAGCUCAGGAAGAGGCCGCGGCGGCCGGCGGAAUCGGCCCUCGGAGGCAGGGGGCGGGUGCCCCGGGCCGCCCGGAAGGGGCGGGGCUUAUGGAGAUCAGGAACUAAGACGGAAGACGAGGGCCCGGGCUGGGAGCCGCGAGGGGCCGGGUUUCCCGGCUUUAUACUCCAGGCCCCGUCCCCUGAGCUCUGCCCUCGGAUGUUCCACCGCCCAGAGCUUGCAUGCGCCGUGGGGCGCCCCAGGACCAGGAGCUGGUGGGUCCGGGGGCUCCUGGGCGGGGGUCCCGGGGCGCCCCUCCUCCCUCGGGACCUGUUGUCCCGGUCCUCGUCUUUCCCCCGGAUCUAGUAUUCAGGGCGGACCAACGGAGCGGACCCCGGCAGCUGCUGACCCUCUAUAACCCCACUGGAGCAGUGCUUCGCUUCCGAGUGCUGUGCACAGCACCUGCCAAAUACACAGUGUUUGACGCGGAAGGAUACGUGAAGCCCCAGUCCUGCAUUGACAUUGUGAUUCGCCACGUGGCCCCCCAUCCCAGGCACUAUGAUGUCCAGGAUCGCUUCCGCAUUGAGCUCUCUGAGGAGGGAACAGAGGGCCGAGUGGUGGGGCGCAAGGACAUCACCUCGGUUCUGAGGGCCCCAGCGUACCCCCUUGAGCUUCAGGGACAGUCUGACCCAACACCCCACCCAGAGCCUCAUUCCUGGACAGCACCAUCCACGGCCCAGCCCUUCCCAGAGAACCCUCACCCGCAACUGGCCACCAGCUCCUUCCUCCUCUUCUUGCUGAUGGGCACAGUCUCUGUGGCCUUCCUGCUGCUCCCGCUCCAGGAUGAACUUGGCAGCCAGCUGCCCCAAAUCCUUCACGUCUCCCUGGGACAAAAGUUGGUGGCAGCCUACGUCUUAGGGCUCCUCACCAUGGUGUUCCUCCGGACCUGAGCUCUGCUCCACUUCCACACCGCUUCCCCGGGCCAGGACAUGGAUGCGGAUGUGGACGUGAGACAGCCACUGUGAUGUUCAUAACCUCGUCUCAACUCCUGCUUCCUUCUUCCUGCCCAUCUCCCCCCAGACCUAGGGAUUUGUUAUCUUUUUCCAAGUUGAAUCAAAUAAAUUUGUAAAAUUAAACUGAGAAA